AUGGCGCCCUGCCCACCGCCUCCCAGCAAAGCGUCUGUACACCCAUUCUUUUCCUCAACGCCGCAGCAGUCGAAUCGUGACCCCAUACCAGCGCAAGCUAAACCCGCCAACGCCGCUCCGAAACGAAAGAGAGCUUUGGGUGCGGCCAAUGCAAGCGCAGGGCCGGCCCAGGCUACUCUCGGUCUCUCCAGUAAUGAUGGUGGGAGGAAAUCUCUGGUAGUAGACAACAAGGAGACUCAGCCUACGGUGGUCGAAGCCGAGGCCUCGCACGCCGCGACAGAGGUCUCUAGUAGCUCUGACCACGAGGAGGACGUGGUCAUCUCUCAUGCCUCUCAGAACGACCCCGAUCCCUCGAAGUCUCAAACAGUCUCGAAGAGACCAAGACCAAAACGUGCCCGGCCAUCUAUACCUCUCUCAACCCAGGCAUCGUCGUCGUCACUUGCAUCUGAGAUUAUCGAUCUCUCGUCAGACCAAGAAGAUGACUAUGAGUCAACGCCAAGGGCGAAAGCCAAAGCUCCACAUAUGCUGAACUCUCGGCCUGCCAUCUUCAGCAAGGGCAUUGCGCGAUCUUUCUCCAGGACUGGGUCGACGGGCACGAACCCCGAAGCCCCGAUUGAAGUACCAGAGGGUUCGCCAUCCCCGGUCAAAAUGAGAAAUACAUCUUCAAAGAAUACUUCCUCCGUUGCCGAUAAGGGCAAACCCGCCCAUUCAUUCUUCACUCAGGUUAGAUCGCGGACGGAUCAUGAUUCCAGUUCCUCUCAAAUUUUGGAUCCGGUGGAGCCUCUUUCAGGCAGAGAUGGUGCUCCAUAUGAAGCCGAUAAUGGUUUCAAGCACAAGAAGAAAGAAAAUGUGCAUACAUUCUUCUCCUUGCAACAGGGGAAGAGUGAGUGGAAGUUGAAAGAUGGAUGGGGCACGGAAGAAGUCGAGACACCACUCCCACAAGGACCUUGGCCGAGUCAUGUGGGCAGUUCCUACUCGCAAUCAGAUGGUCCGAUGCUUCCCAGCAGAUCGAGAAAACCUGCGCCGGCAGAGCAAGGGAAUUUCUGGGGUGAUAUACAAUCGCGAGUCUGCAGACCCUGCGCGCCGAGCAUACAUCGCUCCGAACCAAUAAACAUCCUACCCUUCAUCCUUCAACACCCAGCUUUCUCCUCUCUGCAGUUGAAGGCGUCUUCGUCUUCAGCCAACCGUGAAGCUUGGGUUGACAGAUACCGUCCAAAGCGUGCGACGGAGGUCUUGGGGAACGAGCUGGAGGCGACAUAUCUACGCGACUGGCUCUCGAAGCUUGCUAUCGGCCAUCGAAUACAGGGGCCUAAAAUAAUCAGAAAAGUCGUCAAAAGACCCAAGGCUGCCCUGGUAGAUGACUUUAUCGUGGAUGACCUUGGUGUAUGCGGCGACGCAUUCGACGAAGACAAAGAGGACGAGCAAAUUCACCUCGACGAUCUCGAAGAGCCUCCCAUAGAUUCCGAUAUCACAGCAAGGCCAGCCGAGUACCCUCCACUCGACAUGCGCCUCACCAACACAAUCCUCCUCACUGGCAAAUCUGGUUCUGGCAAAUCGGCAGCUGUACAUGCAGCAGCACAAGAGCUGGGGUGGGAGAUCUUUGAAGUAUAUCCAGGGAUGGGGAGAAGAACCGGCGGGGCUUUGAUGGGAUGGCUCGGCGAUCUGGGACAGAACCAUAUCGUGCCGCAGGCAGAAAGAAAGCCAGCGCCCAAGAAAUCUAAGAAGGGGAGAGGAACAGAAGUUAAGAAGAGCAAGGCGGGCGGUAUAAAAUCCUUCUUUGACCAAAACUUCCGCUCGAAGCCGACAAGCUCUGUUCCAUUCUCCAACGACUUGACGCAGGAGACAACCGACUCCGACGAAGAUGACCCUGAAACAAAAGAUGACAAUGUUGCUGCCAGCACUGAGAGCAAGUACAAGCAGUCUCUGAUUCUCAUCGACGAGGCAGACAUCUUGUUUGAAGAGGAAGCGACGUUUUGGCCUGGUGUGCUGGCGCUCGUGUCAGAGUCUCGGCGUCCCGUGGUAUUGACUUGUAACGACCACAAACGUAUUCCCUUGGCCCAACUACCUCUCCAAGCCAUACUUCAAUUCCAUCCCCUGCCAUCCAGCAUCGCCAUGUCCUAUCUUCAAGCUAUUUCCGAUGCCGAGGGCAGUCGCCGAGGGUACCGUGUGACCGCAGACGCUGCCACCGUCUACAAGUCUGCGAUGCGAGACAAGCACGAAACGGACAUCCGAGGAGAUGGGCCUGCUUUGCCAAACGGCCAUGAGCGAGUGCCGUAUUUUGACCUGAGGCAAGCAAUCGGGCAACUGCAGCUUGGCUUGCAAGCAGACAGGAUAGAGGAGGCUGGAAGUGCGAAGGAGUGCGAGGAUGACUUGAAGACGCUUUUUCAAAGGAUGGAGGCCCAGUCGUGUGCGGAUGUUGCAGGCAUGAAACCAUGGGUAUCGAUGGAUAUCUCGGAUAUCGACAGGCUCGAAAGGACUUCGGACGACGAAUUGAACGUCUCUCUCCUGCAGAAAUCAGCUCCUCCCGAGACUUAUCCCAUUCUUGCCUUAUGUGAUCAAUCUCCUGCGAUCGUGUCUACAGUUGUCUCGAUGUCUGGAGGAGGUCUUCCUCCAAUGGGCGAUCUCGGUCUCGCCAGAACAAAGUACAUACGUUCAACACUACCGGUUCUUGACCCGCUUAUUCCUCUGUCCUCCCCUCUUCUGCCCUCUCCUUCCAUCUUCCUCCACACACUCCCUGCAAUCAUUACUAUCCUUCUUUUCGACGCCAUGUAUGAGAAGAUCGAGAAGGACGCUAUAGAGAGAGGCGAGGAACGGAUCAACCCCAAGACGGGUAAGCCGAUGAGAAGGCAGCAAGGGGCGGUCUAUGGGCGGUAUUGGGAUUUGGGCGGAGCGGAGGAGGCUGUUGAGGAGAUCAGUCGGCUGUGGUUGGAUUGGUGA